AUGGCUACUCCUACUACCGCUACUGGCGGUUGUUUCUGCGGAAAGGUCCGCGUUGAAUAUACCGGUCAACCCAUGACAUCGGGACUCUGCCACUGUCUCGACUGCCGGAAACUCUCCGGGUCCCUGUACUCAUACAAUUUCGUCGUCAAACGGACCGACCUGAAAAUAACCGGGAGCCCAAAAGAAGUGCCCAAAAUAGCAGACAGCGGAAAGCAUAUCAAGAACUAUUUCUGCGGAGAUUGCGGCACACCGCUCUACGGGCUGAGAAUGAACUCUGAUGGUGAUCCUGAGGAGACGACCAUUCUCCGGGCUGGAAUAUUUGACGAUAUUGGUGUUCUGAAUCAACGGAGGCCUGAAGCGGAAAUAUUCACCAGCGGACGUGUAGCGUGGAUGAGUCCUAUCGAAGGGGCUGAUCAGUUUGUUGGCAUGGUGCCUCUGCCUUGA